AGCUGCUGCCACAUUUAGCCUAUGUUCGUUUUGUUACAUAAUACCUACAAUCCCGAUACAAGGGUACCCCGGACGCCUAAUCAUCAAGAAACAUCUCAGGCUUCGGAAUUAGAGGUCGUUAAUGCAGGCGCGACUGGGAGAUCAGGAAAGCUUGAAGUUCGAGUGGUUGUUAGUUUUAACAUUGUACUUGAUACUUUCCCCCCAAUAAACAUUUCAAGAGAAUGUCUCUCAAGACGCCAUGGACUUUUGGUCGCGCCUCAUAGCUAACACCCGGCUGUCUUCGGGGAGCUCCAGCAAGGAUGCUGCACGAGAUCCUAUAAGACGCCGGCAACGCUUCGAGAAGGAAUACGGUCAACUGCUACAUAUUUGGCGAAACUGCUCAAACCUUGCUCGAGACGAAGAUGCUGCUGAAAACAUCGAAAUCCGCCUUCAGGGGCUCACCAACAUUCUCUCCGACGAAUCCCGGCGACCCUUACCUCAUCCGUGUAUAUCCUUCUGUUCCACGAAGCAGAUCUAUGUCCCAAUCGCCAAGAUAGCAACAACCUCAUAUAACGAGUGGAUCAUCAAGGAAGCCGUUCUGUUUUAUGCCACCCUUAUCGAGAGCGAGGAGGAAGCCUUUGUCGAGAGCGAAGCCUUCUCGGCGAGCUUGACUAACCUUCUAGUUCGUAUUACUGGAGCCAAUAGCAUUCGACUAGGACCUGACACCGAAGUCAAGGUUGUCGAAUUAGCAUUCAAUAUCACCACCAAAAUCCGACUUGAGCCACACAUCCUUUCUACCUGGUUCAAAUCCCAUCCCGAGAGCCAUGGGGGCGAGGAAAAGACGAAAGACCAAAGGGAGAAGUUUGCUGGAAGGACUCAGAAGCAAGACUUUCCCCUAUUCUAUCUGUUAAUGGACUACAUACACCACGAAGGGAAAAUCGGUGAUUUUGCCCGAACCGGUCUGCUAUAUAUCAUCGAGGCUGCCUCGUCUUCUGUCGCCCUGGAACAAUGGAUUGUCGAGAGCGACCUUUCGACACUGAUGGCUACUGGACUGGGCGCUUUAUAUAGUCAGCUCAGCCGAAAGCUUGUCAUCGACCACCCACCAGAGAACCUGCCUCCAAUUCUCGCAUUAUCCGAUUACCAGCACCCAACGUCGACCUUUGAGAUUGUCAGCUCCUGUAGCCCGGACUUUCAGCUACAUCUGGAGACCUUUCUAUCUCAUAUGCUUUUCUGGCAGGAUGUUCUUAACCAUUGUAGAUCAGUGGAAGUUAAGUCGACUUUGCUCGAACAUUUUCAGGUCAUUUUUUUGCAGCAAUUAUUGUACCCUUCGCUUUUGGAAUCUUCCGAUGUCGAUGGAGGAUCGUCUGUUGCUGUCUUAACUUACCUUCGACGCAUACUGGAAACCUUGGACCACCCUGACAUGAUUAAUCUCAUUCUCCAUUACCUUCUAGCUCUUCCCGACACGCAGUCUUCAGCUCUAUCUGAGGCCGAGCCAUCCGUCAGCGCCGCGCGCAAGCGAAAGUCUAUGGACCUCGCGACUAUGAUGGCUACCAAAGUUGAAACCAGUUAUACGCCAUUGCUCUUUAAUCUAGUCGAUUUAAUUCGUUCAUGCGUCAAAUCCCGGAACCAGCAGACUGUUUGCGUGACGCUACAGCUUGUGGCGGCGAUUCUUAAGCGGCAUCACCGAUACGCAACCACAACCCUUCUCCGUACCGAAGGUAUUGAUAUGAAUACUUCGCGUAGGACUGCCGGUGCUCAUCAACAAGAGGUUGAGUUUCUCACUACACUUGCUGGGACCGUCGGUGGACAAGACAAUUUUGAUGAGAUGUACGAGAACAUCUUAAAAGAUAGUAUGACACGCGUCGAAGGUCAUCCGUGUUCUCUAAAACUUGUGGCACCGAAACUGUCGACAAAUAAUCACAAGCUACCAGCGAUCCCUGAUAGCCUACCUGGAGCACCGAGAGAUGUUCCUCCGCACACGUUAAGUGUCGAUGACCCUCUUUUAAAUAGCAUCCUAGAUAUCUUCGAAACCUUCUUCAUUAACCCCGUUGAGAUGAAUCUAUCGGCUACGGAGACUAUUAUCGACUUAUCAGUGUGCGGGUAUAUAUCUGUGGAAGGAUGGUUCCUUCGUCACCCUAAGAAAUAUUCCUACGAUGACCCAGAUGAGCCUCUUUCUCCACCGCCAGACCCCGAAUCCCCGUUGUUCGCGGAAUUCGAAAGACUAGCGGCUAUCAUGAAAUGUCGCCGCCGACCAGCAUGGAAAGCAUCAAGCCUGCCUCGCAUGCUGACUGUUUUAGAGUCGCUUGCUGACCAGGUUGAUUACUUCCGGAGUUCGGUGCCUAGAUUCGACGAACUUUUGCAACAACGCCGGGAGGCAUUCCAAACAGCCGACGCUGUUGUAAUAAACCCGCAGCCUCAUCGGCCAAGUUCAGUUACGACUGAUCAAGCAAGCCAAGAUGGUUCCCGGGCGGAAUCGCCGGCGCGACCUAGCGCGCUUGAGGGUUUUGCACAGAGGAUAUUAUCUGAACUUGGGACCCCCAGCCGGUCAAACAGUCCACGUGGACGGAAAGAUUCACUUCGAGGGUCAAGUACAGGAUCAGGGACAUCAGCAGGAUAUGGGUUUACAUCGCCCACCAGCAAACCCGCACCUGCUCCACCAAAAGAAUUUCCCAUGAAUUACGAAAGUCCGAGUAAGAGUGGGCUGUCGCGGUCAUUCUCGCCAGGAAGCCAUCAUUCCGACAGGGACAGCCCGGUAGUUAGCCAAGCAGCCGCAUUUGCGGCAGUGGAUCAAGGAAUACUUGCUCGACAAAUUACUUUACCGACGCCGAAGAUUGAACCUAUCCCGCUAGAUUUCGGUCAAAAGAAGGCGAAAAAUCCGACAAAUAUCGGAGAAGACCAGAGCAACGAUAGCGAAGGGAAGGUAGAGGUUACAGAAGAACCGGAUCAUGAUGAGAGCGAAAUUGCAGACCAGUCCAUCGUCCCGACGCCACCCGAGACACCAGUCGAAGUCAAAACGGCUUCGGUUUCACACGUCCUCACUAACGUUAUCGUCUACCAGCAGUUCUUAUUAGAAUUAGCAAGUCUGAUUCAGGUUCGGGCGGGGCUGUUCAACGAGGUCAAAUUCGCGUAGGGGAGCAAUAGGGAUAGCGGUCAAUUUUGGUGACUACAGGAGAUUAUGCAUUACUGUCACAGGUGGUAGCGCUUGCCCUAGAUUCCCUUUUUCAGUAUGGAUACCGCAUUCAGGGCGCCGGGGGCUGCGUCUCGUAGGAACAAGGAGGCCUGGGGAAAGUAGAGCGAUGCUUUGCAUAGCAUGGAUCCACAACACACAUCAUAGAGAGCGGAGGGGGCAGAGAAUGCGGCCCUUGCUAUUCGGAUAUUUAACGUUGACUUUACGAUAGAUACCAUUUAUUGCAUACGUUUCUCUUCUAGGCGAGAAGAGGGUAGCAUGCUCAAAUACUGCAUUUAUUUUGUCGAAUAACUAGACUACUAAGCCGGUUGUUAUGUCUACAUAUCGAUAUGAUUCUGUUCGUCUACUUUCGUGAUAUUGGGCCCCUUGUUUCAUUUGACAAGCUUAGUCGAUACCGUACUAAAGAGUUAGUAGGAUAGGAGGUCACAUCAAUUACCACGAAAAGGCAUUAUGUUGUG